CAACUCAUGCGUCAAAGCGAAUAGGUUAUGUCAAUUUUUGUUUUGCUGGAAAAGAACUUGAGGCUCGACAUCAACAAUGUAUAAACGACUGGAAUAAUUGUCUAUAGCCCAUAUUGUAGCCCUUUAUUACUGAACGGAAUUUUUUUUUCACUCGUCCAAAUGAAAAUGAAAUUGGUGGAUCAAGUGGUCCGCUCUUUUCGCGUGGCUAAAGUGUUUCGAGAAAACACAGAUAAAAUAAAUAGCAUAGACUUCUCCACCAGCGGAGAUACAUUGAUAUCUUGUAGUGAAGAUGAUCAGAUAGUAAUUUACGACUGCGAGAAGGGUACUCAAGUACGAACGGUCAACAGUAAGAAAUAUGGGGUUGAUCUGAUACACUUCACACAUGCCAAAAAUACCGCGAUUCAUAGUUCGACAAAAGUUGACGAUACCAUUCGAUAUUUAUCGUUACAUGAUAAUAAAUAUAUCAGGUACUUUCCUGGACAUACUAAAAAGGUUGUCUCGUUAUGUUUGUCGCCUGUUGAAGAUACCUUUCUGUCUGGGUCUAUGGACAAAACACUCAGAUUAUGGGAUUUGCGAUCGCCCAAUUGUCAAGGUUUAAUGCAUUUAUCAGGUAGACCUGUAGCAGCUUAUGACCCCGAAGGACUUAUAUUCGCUGCUGGAGUCAACUCGGAAUGCAUAAAAUUAUACGACCUUCGAUCAUUUGAUAAGGGUCCUUUCGUAACUUUUAAAUUAGCACAGGAAAAGGAAUGUGAUUGGACGGGUUUGAAGUUCUCCCGGGAUGGUAAAACAAUUUUAAUAAGUACUAAUGGUUCAAUUAUAAGACUUAUUGAUGCUUUCCACGGAACACCCUUGCAAACAUUUACAGGCCACCUGAAUAACAAAGGCAUUCCUAUUGAAGCAUCGUUUAGUCCUGAUUCACAGUUUAUCUUUAGCGGUUCAACCGAUGGACGCGUUCACGUCUGGAACGCUGAUACUGGAUAUAAAGUCUGUGUGCUUAACGCUGAUCAUCCUGGUCCAGUGCAAUGCGUUCAGUUCAAUCCUAAAUACAUGAUGUUAGCGUCUGCAUGCACAAAUAUGGCUUUUUGGAUACCUUCCGCUGACGAUGCCUAACUAGCGUUUAUAUUAUUUAUUAAUAGGGUUUUUAUAAGUUACGUUAAAUGUACUGAACCUUUUCAAAUUGAAAUACAAAAUUUUCCGAUACAAAAAUG